AUGGGUGGUCAUCAGAUUCACCGGCCUGCCACAUACACUGAAUACGUGCAACGGCUCGUUGAAGGUGGUUAUCCCAAUUUGGCGCCUCUGUUCAGCUUCUUGACUUCCUCAUAUCACCAAAAUGAUGUGUUUGUUCGGUAUAUUGACAUAAGAACGGACGGUGAAUCAAAUAAAGCACACUCGGUUCCACGACACAAGGUCCGCAAGCAAAUCUAUGAACCUGUUCCCGCAGAGGCUCUGGCGCGCGUCUUCAUUGUUGAAGAUCUUGAUCGCAACACCAUUGAAGACUUUGGACUCCUGCUCGAAGUUGAACCAAAGUUCUUCGCAAAUCACAUCAGCGAUGCAUUUCUUGAUCCUGGGACAAAUACCGGCCGAUGUCCGCAUCUUCCCUCGGUGUCUCAUAUCAAGUCAUUCUACAGCAUCGACUAUUUCCAUCCUAUCAACCUCGACAAGCGCAUGAGCGACCGUUUUUGUUGUUCCUCGAACGUACGCCGUCUCGUUGAUACGUUCCAUCGUGUCGUCCGUCGUGCAAACCUUGUCGACUCAGCGCUAGACCGCGUCGCAUUCGUCCGUCGGAAAUUUUCAUUCUACGUACAACCUCUUGAGGAAAAGAAAUGGAAAGUCUUGGUGCUUACUGAUCCGUCUGUUUUGGAUUGUCGCCGAACUCACUCCCGACAUUGUCGAGCGACGGCACAGCAUAGCCACCGAAUUGAAGUGGAAGCUUCAUAUUCGGACCCUUAUAGUGAGUUUCCCGACACCUGGCCAUCGUCCUUGGGUGUGGCAACCUUCCACAAAAUCAUCGAUCGUAAAGGAAACAUUGGAUUUCGCAGCCCAAGAGGCCCGCCAGAGCAGUUCAACGUGUGGAGCUUCCAAGGUGGAUAUGUUGACGUUUUACCACCCGAGCAACCGAGGAACCCAGAUCAUCGGAAUGAGAACUUUAGUGCGGCAUGGCUAGAGAAGCUCAAAAGCGAUGGUCGAAGCCGCCGGAGCAAGAAAUCAUCUCCAGCUGAAGACCUCAUCUACUAUUGGACGGACGCCGCGGAAAAGAGCAGGGCCGAUCGAACACACCACAAUAUACCUGGACGGGUCUGUGAUCCAAGUCGUGAGAGUGAGAAUGACAUAAGCAAGACGCGCAGAUUUUUGUUCGAUAUCUCUCGCCAUGCGUUGUUCAUCGCCGCGAGUGAAUGUAUGCUGAUUCUACAGGCACUGGACGCAUCGGUUGACGCACGGAUAUGGGAUCUGAAAAAUCUUGAUCUCGCAGAAUCGGCCUUCAGAGGCAACACUACGAGGUCACUCGAACACUACUUGGAUGAUGCACUCAAGCUGAAGCAUCUCCUGAGAGGGCAAUAUAAACAUAUCUUGCACGUCAAGGAUUUUAUUGAAUCCGUCAACAAGACAGAGCCCGCAAAUGAAGUUCUGACCCGGGUGCUUCCAGGCCCAUUCGGGCCACCAGAUUACAGCCCCUUGCAGAAAGGCUCGGGAAACGACAACACUUCAAGAUCCACCACAAAGGAUCGGCAGGUGAUUGCAGAUUACGGUCUCGGCGAAGAUUUUGAUCACAUUACGAAAAUGAUUGACAGGCAUGUCACCAUCUGCCAGGAGACCAUCGGGGAUAUACCGAGCCUCAUGGCGGUCAGGGACAGCCACUACGCCGGGAGCCUGGCUAAACUGGGAGUGAUAUUCCUCCCCAUUACGGUUGUCACAGGAAUCAUGAGCAUUCAAACCGAGUAUGGACUGGGCCGGCCACUGUUCUGGGUGUUUUGGGUUGUCUCAUUAGCUGUCUUGGCGAUCACGAUACUGAUGACCUGUCUCCCUACCCAUCCAUGGGAUCGAUUCUUCGAAGACUCCAUGACAUAUUACUGGUUAGGGUAUCGAAAAAUGACGCGUAGAUUGCAGAGGCAGCGAGAGCGGUCGGUCGAACGGCAAGCUUGA